AUGGAUUUUUUCACUGUGCUUGACAAAGAUGUAAAACCUUCCAACCAAAAAAUCAUUAGGAACAUUGAAUGGGACAUGAUGGAUAAAACGAAAUUUUUCCCAUUAUCCAUGUUGAGUUCAUUCAGUGUAAGAUGUGCCUUGUAUCCUUUAACACUGAUAAAAACCAGGCUGCAAGUUCAAAAGCGCAAUGAUUUAUAUACAGGUAUGUUUGAUGCCUAUGGAAAAAUCUAUAGAUAUGAAGGUUUCAGUGGAUUAUACAGAGGAUUCUGGGUAUCUUCAGUACAAAUAGUCAGUGGUGUUUUCUAUAUAUCUACAUUUGAAGGAGUUAGACAUAUAUUGAAACAAAAAAAAAUAGUUGACUCAAACAUUAGAGUCCUGAUAGCUGGAGCUGCUGCAUCCUUAGUAGGUCAAACAAUGAUUGUACCAUUUGAUGUUCUCAGUCAACAUUUGAUGAUGAUGGGAAUCAAGGGGAAAGAAGAAAAAGCUUUCAGUGCAUUAGGAAUGCAAUUCAAACCCUACCAAAGUAAAUUAUCUUUAACAAUAGAUGUAGCAAGACACAUUUUCAAAAUGGAUGGGAUAAUGGGAUUUUACAGGGGCUAUUGGGCCAGCCUCUCAGCAUAUAUGCCUAACUCUGCUCUAUGGUGGGGGUUUUAUCAUUUCUACCAAGAUCAAUUAUUCCUGAUACUACCGUCAUCUGUAUCACACCUGCUCAUACAGAGCAUCUCGGGAACAUUUGGAGGCUUCUCGACGACAAUCCUCACCAAUCCUUUGGACGUAGUGCGAGCCAGAUUGCAAGUAGAAAGGACGGGUUCUAUGCGGUACGCCUUCAAAAACUUGUGGGUAGAAGAAGGUAUCGGCAUGUUCACCAAAGGUCUGAGUGCUCGACUCAUUCAGUCCGCCACUUUUAGUUUUAGCAUUAUCAUCGGGUAUGAGACUAUCAAAAGGAUAUCAGUGAGUGAGGAGUACAAGCAAUUCAUUAAGUGGUGA